ACUGGACUCUAAACGUGUUCUACUGCUUCAGACCAACACGACCAACUUGGAGCUUUAUACCAUUUCAGACUCGCUUCCUACGACUACAAAGCCAAUGACGGUAGAGAAUUUUUUUAAAAAGUAAACGUCUGAAGUAGAAGGAGAAUAUACUUCUGGGAUUGUAGAAAUAAUCUUCUGAGUGGAUUUUUUUUGUACACCGGAAAAAAACAUAGAAAUUCGGCGGCGCAUAGAUUCAGAGAGCCCUGGACUAAACUACAGAAGGAACUUCCGGUAAAAACUGAAAUCCGCCAUUGGCCAUCAAUUGGUGUCGCUCUAGGCUUCAGCAUCUCUAUGAUCAAUGUGUUUGGCAUGGCCACUUAUCUUGUAAAAAUCGUUCAGCUGUAGUGCGGAAGGUGCGAUUACACCAUAACCGGCUCAGGACUGUUUCCGGGAAUUUUUGUUCUGAUUGGUUGCUCUCAAGCUCUGCUUCCGGAAGGACGUUUCCGGUGGGAGUAAGAAGUAAAGGGUUGCUGAAGUCUGCAACAAUGGCUGGCCGCAGAGCUGCUUUGAAAGCAAUAGACUGGGUGGCAUUUGCUGAACGAGUGCCUCCCAAUCAGAAACCCAUGUUCAAUGCCCUGAAAACGCGCAGUGAUACACUCUCAGCCAAGCUUGCUUCUUUGCCAGAGUCUCCCCCAGCCAUUGACUGGGCUUUUUACAAGACUACGAUUGCCAGGCCCGGCAUGGUGGAUGAAUUUGAGAAGAAGUAUAAGGCAUUUCAAGUCCCCGAGCCUGUGGAUAAUGAGACAGCUAAAGUAGAAGCUCAAGAACAAGAGGCUAACAAGAGUGCUGCAUCCUAUAUACAAGCCUCAAAAGCCCGUAUUGUCCAGUUCGAGAAGGAGCUCCAAAAGUUUAAAACCAUGAUUCCUUUUGAGCAGAUGACAUUUGACGAUUACUAUGAGGCAUUUCCUGAAACUAAACCGGACAAAGAAAAAUAUCCGCAUUGGCCACACAAGCCUAUCGCAGACUUGUGAAACCUCUGUGUCUGGAAGCACCUUGUGAUCACAGUCAAAUCUAGAACCUGUUAAAUAAAGUAAUUGUAUUACA